AUGAUUUUAAUGGCUGCAACAAAUACAAAUACAUGUAAUAAUGAUAUUUCAGCAAAGGAAUAUUUUAAAAUAUUUUAAAUGAACUUAGAAACUAAAUUCAAAUAGAUUUAAUCUAUUAAUUUGGAAGAAACAGCAAAUAUAAUUGUUAGCAGUCAAAAAUUGCUUGAAUUAUUAAAUUAAUUGUUCUAUUAGGAUUAUUAUUAUGUUGCUAUUAGUUCUUUCAAUAAUUAGGAUCUCUUUGUAGAUUUUUAACUCAAAAAAAAAUUAUAAAUUAUUGUGAAUUCAUAUCAAUUUUUAUAGUAGCGAGAUAAGGGAAAUAUUAAAUCAUCAAUAGAAGAUUCAAAAAUGAAAGUUGCUAUCUCAUUUAUAGAAAAGAAUUAUCAUUAUGAUUAUUUAACUGAGAGAUUUAAUAAUAUUUAAGCAGGGAUUGCCAUAUUUAGUUUAAUUCAAUUAGAUCAUAAAUAAUUUUAAAAUUUCUUCUAUUCCAAAAGACCUUCUGUGUAAGAAUAAUUAUUUAAUUAAAUUAUGGAUAUAGCAGAAGUUUCAGAGAAUCUUUUUUUAAAUUUACUCUUAGUUGGGAAAUGUUUAUCUAAAUUAAGAUAAUGGGAAUAUGCUCUCAAAGUUUAUGCUAAAUUGUUAUAUUUAAUAAAAAAUCAAUAAGAUAAAGAGAAAUUUAGAAUCUACAUCUAUUUUAAGAUAUGUAAAAUUCAAUUUUUGUAAGGAUAAAUUAAUGAAUCGAAGAAGAAACUCAAAUAAUUAAAUAAUUUAAUAGAACAAUACGAAAAUUAACAAAUAGAAUUUUAUUAGCCAAAUAAUAGAGAAAUCAAGCAUUAAAGCUUAAUUAUUUCAUUAUUGAUAAGUGUCUAUACUAAUUAGAUAGAUUUAAAAAGGGAGAUUAUGAUAAAAAUUGCUCCAAUUAUCAAAUUAAUUAAUUAGAGUACAUAAAAAAGAUAUUUUAAUAUGUUGUAAUACGAAUUCUUUAGACUUAUUCAAUAAUAGGGAAUGAUAUUUAGGAGUGAAGAAGGAUAAAUAUAAUUAGACUUUAUUCUAAGGAAAACUUAAUCAGUAUGUUAGGAAAGAUAAGAAAUUGAAUAAAAAAGUAAUAAUUUUUUUGCAAUAUUUAAAUCCAUUUUUGAUUCUCCAAAUUAAAAAGGUGAAAAAUUAUUACAAAUUAAAAGUUAUUUUAAAGCAGUAGUGGAAUUUCUUAUUAUAAAUGUGUUACUUAGAAAAAGAGACAUUUGUAUUUUAUAAUAUUUUAAUCCUAAUCUAUAUCCAUUAUUAAGAGUAUUUCUUGAAAAAAAUUUUUUAUUUAAUUUGGAAAUGAAAUCAGAAAUAUACUUUUUUAUUCAUGAUUUUGAGGAAGCAUAUUAAUUGGCAAAGCAAACAAAAAAUGAAAAAAUGAUAGGAUAGAUCUUAGAGUAUUGGGGUAAAUAUGAAGAUGCCAUUAAAAUCUAUAAAAAUAUUAAAAUUCCAAAUAUUGAGAUUAGUUGUGCCAUUUUAUUAAAAAUCUUAAAUGACGAGAAUAGAAAUAAAAUUGAAAAAUGUUAAUCAUAAUAGAAUUCACAAGAAAAUGCAAUAACAUAUUUUUUAAAUUUAGUUCAAAAGUAAGGAUCAUAUAAAAUUUUUGCUUAAAAGUAUUUAGAAAUUUUAUUACAACGUUCAGAUUCACAAGUACAACUAUCAGAAAUAAUAGCAAAGGUAGAAGUAGAGAAGACACUUAAAAAUCGUGAGACUGGAAAAUAUUAACAAUAAGAAGAUGUUGAAGAGAUAGUUUAAACAAAAUCAUAAGAUAUCGAAACUUUUAGAAGUGUAUCAUAAUAUUUGUAAGAGUUUUCAUUAGAGGAGGAUUAAUUGAAAUAAAGUUUUAAUUUUCCAAUAAGAAAAGAUAUUAGAUUAUUUUAUCAUAGGUUGAGAAAUGAUUUAAAAUAGGAAUAAGAUGGUUGUUUAAUAAAUCUAUUAGAUGAAUUUGUUAAGAAAACUCAAUUUUUAAAAUGUGAAACUGAAGAAUUAUUUAAUAAUAAUGAUGUUGUAGAACCGCUAGGUUAAGGAGGAAAUAGUAAAGUAUACAAAUUCAAUUUUUAAGGUUAAUCUUUUGCUGCAAAAGAGAUUUAAUUAGAGUAUAUGGAAAAUAACAUCAAUUAAGAUGUGA